CCUAUCCUGGAAAAAAAACCAAAAUACAUAAGAAAGAUUUAUUUUUUAGUCUCAAAAUAAUAAACAAAUAAUUAACUUUAAAAGGACUUUUUCAUUUAGGAAAAUUAAAUCAGGGGAUGGGAGUUCCCCUGAAAAAAAGCAGGAAAUGAGGAGAAAUGAGAAAAUAAGGGAGAAUUUCUUGAAAGUCCUAACAGGCAGGGAUUGAGAGUUUUUUCUUCGCUCCGCAGUAAAUGCCAUAAAAUAACCCCAAAACUAAGGGAAGUCGUGGAGGGUUUGUUUUUUGGUGGUUUGGUUUUUUUGGCAGAGGGGGGGCUGUUGCUCAGCAGAGAAGAAACCCAGAAUCCCCCAUCCUGAAUUUCCUGAAAUUUACUAAUUUUGGGAGUACAAAAACCCCUGUGAAGUGAUGAGGGAUCCAGAGGUGUCUCCAGAACCCCAAAAUUAUUCAUAAAGAGGCUUGUCUGUGCAUAAGAAAAAAAAAGAAAGAAAGAAUCUGGAGGAGCCAAAAAUCCACAAUCCGUGAACUCAAAUACCCCUUUCUAAAAAAUCCUGGGAGAGCUCAGAGAGCUUGGGUGGGCGGGAAGUUGGCAAAUUCCCUAUUUCCGUGCUUUUUUGAUAAAAGAAGGAGCUGAAUGAGGUAAACCCCAGCAUUUUUGGGUGUUUGAGCUCAUUUUCGGGCCCCGGUUCUUCUAUUCAUCGGAAUCCAGGGUCGAGGAUGUUACCCUCUGGUGUUUUCCUCCUCCUGAUUUUGGGAUCCAUUGUGGGCACCAAUUCCUCAUCUGGAAAAGGGUCCCUGCUCUAUCCCUAUGGACCAGACCAGGGGGACCAGACGAAUCCCAAACAUGAUGAUGGGACAUCUGAGAGGAUCACCCUCUUCAUUCCCUUCACCUUCUAUGGCAAAACCCAUGAAGCCCUCUUUGUGAACAACAAUGGGGUGAUCUCCUUUGAUGAACCUGUCAGAGAAUACACCCCCGAUCCCUUCCCACUGGUGGAUGGGCGCUCCUUUGUGGCCCCUUACUGGGCAGAUGUGGACAACGUGCUGGGUGGGGAUAUCUUCUACCGCCAGACCACCAAUGCAGUGCUGCUGGGGGACAUCAGCCGGGACAUCAACCAGUACUUCCCCGAAACCCUCUUCACUGCCACCUGGGCCUUUGUGGCCACCUGGGACCACGUGGCCUACUAUGGCUCCACCUCCACAAAGGGCAACACCUUCCAGGCUGUCCUGACUACUGAUUCCAAGACAUUCUUCAUCAUCCUAAACUACUGGGACAUCCAGUGGACCACAGGAGCGGCGAGUGACGGGGAUGCUGAAACGGGGCUCGGAGGGAUUGCAGCACAUGCAGGAUUCAACAGCGGUGAUGACACCAACUUCUACAACAUUCCCGGAUCCCAAACAGAUGCCAUCAUCAACAUCACUGCCACCUCCAAUGUCAAUGUCCCAGGGCGCUGGGCCUUCCGGGUGGACAACUUCCAGUUGAUGGGUGUGGACCCUCCCAAGGUGAACGAGGACAAUGACUGCUGGUUGUGAAUCUAGGGGGCUGGGACAGAGGGAUAUCCCCAUUGUCACCACUGUCCUCAGUGAAGUCAAUUGGAAGGUCAAGGUUAUGUCCUCCUCUACCAGAGCAAUAAAAUCAC